AAGCACAAUAUUAUCACAGAAAGACAGAUCAAUAGCUGAACAACCCACUAAAGAGGAGCCCUUAUUUUUGUGUUUGGUCCUGAAAACAGAGCAAACCAGACUUACCCACCAACCUUUAAGUCAUGGCAGAGGCUCUGUCCUUAACAUCAUCUUCAGCAAUGGCUUCUUUGGGUAGCCCUUAUCGUCUUCUCCCAUCGGCCUCCAUUGCCAAACCAUCAUCGUUUCCCCUUCCCUCUUCUCCUUCUCUCAAAUGUACCCGAUCGUCUUCUCGACUGCCUUCUUUGGUUCUCCACCAGAAACUCCAAAGGAGAUGGUUGGUUCGAAGACCCAAUGCCGGAAGCACAAUCAUGAGCCCAACUUGCUUUGCGUCUGACCCCGAACAGUUGAAAAGUGCUAGAGAAGAUAUCAAAGAACUUCUCAAGACUACAUUUUGCCAUCCAAUUUUGGUUCGACUUGGAUGGCAUGAUUCUGGAACCUAUGACAAAAACAUUGAAGAGUGGCCACAACGAGGUGGAGCUAAUGGAAGUUUGAGAUUUGAAGUAGAACAGAAACAUGCAGCUAAUGCUGGUCUUGUAAAUGCAUUAAAGCUUCUUCAGCCUAUCAAAGACAAGUAUCCAAAUGUGACAUAUGCAGAUCUGUUCCAGUUGGCCAGUGCAACAGCUGUGGAGGAGGCUGGAGGCCCCAAAAUUCCCAUGAAAUAUGGACGAGUUGAGGUAUCUGAACCUGAGCAAUGUCCACCAGAAGGGAAGCUCCCUGAUGCUGGGCCUCCUUCACCUGCUGGUCAUCUACGCGAUGUCUUCUAUCGGAUGGGGUUAGAUGACAAGGAUAUAGUUGCAUUAUCUGGAGCACACACAUUGGGGAGGUCUAGACCAGAGCGCAGUGGUUGGGGAAGGCCAGUGACGAAGUAUACUAAAGAUGGUCCUGGAGCACCUGGAGGACAUUCAUGGACCAUUCAGUGGUUGAAGUUUGAUAAUUCCUACUUCAAAGAUAUAAAAGAGAAAAGGGAUGAAGAUCUGCUGGUUUUGCCAACUGAUGCUAUUCUUUUCGAAGAUCCAUCAUUCAAGGUACAUGCUGAGAAAUAUGCAGAAGAUCAAGAAGCAUUUUUCAAGGACUAUGCUGAAUCCCAUGCCAAACUAAGCAAUCUCGGUGCCAAAUUUGACCCUCCUGAGGGUUUCUCAAUAGAUGAUGGCUCGGUCAAGGUUGAACCAGAAAAUUUUGUGGCAUCAAAGUACUCAUCUGGGAAGGUCGUAAUGAAGGAAAACCUAUAUCCUUGUUCUAUUCUUUAGUUAUGAAACAUAUCUUGCAUUGACAAACAAGGCUUCCAAAUGGAAGUCACCUAUACAUAAUGCUUUUCAAUAUUUACAGUUUAUGGUUUCUGCAGGCUUAAGAAACAA